AUGAUUCGAUACAACAACUCUACUGCUGUGCUGUGCUGCCUACGCCAUUUAUUUUUUGCAAGGGAAAAAAAAUUAACAAAACAGAAUUUAAAAUGCUAGCGCUAAUCAACAGAAUCCUGGACUGGUUUAAGAGCAUCUUCUGGAAAGAGGAAAUGGAACUGACGCUGGUCGGCCUGCAGUUUUCGGGCAAAACAACGUUCGUCAAUGUUAUUGCAUCCGGCCAGUUUGCAGAGGAUAUGAUACCCACAGUUGGUUUCAAUAUGCGCAAAAUCACCAAAGGCAAUGUGACCAUCAAGGUCUGGGACAUUGGCGGCCAGCCACGUUUCCGAUCCAUGUGGGAGCGUUAUUGUCGCGGCGUUAAUGCAAUUGUUUAUAUGGUGGAUGCGGCUGAUUUGGACAAGUUGGAAGCAUCACGCAACGAACUACACUCUCUGCUAGAUAAGCCGCAACUGAAUGGCAUUCCAGUGCUCGUCCUGGGCAACAAACGUGAUCUUCCAGGCGCUCUAGAUGAAACUGGGCUCAUUGAGCGAAUGAAUCUUUCGAGCAUACAGGAUCGGGAAAUCUGCUGCUAUAGUAUUUCGUGUAAGGAAAAGGAUAACAUCGACAUUACGCUGCAGUGGUUAAUUCAGCAUUCGAAAAGCCAAAGUCGUUAGAGAAUAGCCUAACUUUUACACAUACACACACAACACACAUACACAAACUUAGGCACUCGCGCAUACACUGAACAACUAUAUUAAUUUGCAGUAUCUAUCUAUAUAUAUAUAACUGUAUAACUUUACUUUGGAGUAGGCUGUUAAUUGAUGUCUGUGAGUGGGGCAAAAAACUAUUGCAAUGAUUGUUUACAUGUGUGUUUUGCGGGGGGAAUAUAAACUCGAAUUUUUAAGUAGUUCUCAAAGUUAAUUCGCAGAGAAACAAAAUGCCAAUGGAUUCUGUUAAAAGUCUAGAUAAAUAUGCACACAUCUAACACGAUCUCCCAAACAACAACAAUAACAUCACAUGUACACAGCGAGAAAUCGCAUAGUAUUUUUGCAAAGUGCUUUUCAACAUGUUCACCUCCCAAAACAGUCUUUAAUUUUUGUGUCUAUACAAUAUUGAUUUGUUGCAUGUCUCAACAAUAGUUAGGCUUAUGUUUAAAGUUUAUUGGUGUGAUUAUACAAAAUAUAUUUUAUUUUUAUCAUUUUAUAUAUAUAUAUAGAAAUAAACAAAUACAAAUAGAAAUUAUGAUUUACAUUUGUAAUUAACACGCAAAAAUAACCGUACAUAAUAUUUAUUUAUAAAUUUCAUUUUUGCCUAGCGAAAAUUAAAAAAAAGACGUUUAAAACUAUAUUAUAUACCACAUUGAAACAAAUACAAAUAUUAAUAAUGUAUGUAUGUGUACAUGAAAAGAUGCGUGCAACAAUAUAAAUUAAAUCAAUCUUUUAUAUGCUUAAUGGCCAAUUAAAACAAAAAAAACACUACCCGUAUGUACAUCAAAUAAUAGCGCAUUUUGCAUAGGAGACCAGUGUAAUAUACAUCGAUUGUUCGUUUGUUCUGUUUCUGAAUAAGUCAAUUUUGUAAGCGUUAGAUCCUUUGCUUUAACCACACAUAAUGCAAGCGCCGGCACGCUUUUUGUAUCAUCCCUGUAACCACACAAAAUAUUUAUUUGAUUUUACCAAUACUUUAACCAAUUCAAAUUAUAAACUAUAAUAUAAAAAAACAAAUGGGAAAACACUCCCUGAGCGAGCAGAGCGUAAAAGAAAAACUAAUAAAGACUAUUAUAAAAACCAUAUAAAAGAGAAAAACAAAAACGAUUAUUAAGAAUCCUACUAAGAUGAAUGCUAAUCGACUGUGAGAUACUUACGUUGCAAAUAUUUCGAGAAUAAAUGUGUUUUCAAAUAA